AUGAGCUCGUCUCAGCACAUCCUACUCGCGCCGGCGGGAGCAGGGGAUUCCUCUGGAGGCGCUUCAGGUCAGAAUCCGCAACAACAGCCUCCAAACCCUGGAUCCAAACCAAAGCGAACUCUCAUCGAAAGUGCGUGUUCAGCCUGCCGAAGACGGAAAUCAAAGUGCGAUGGACACCGACCGGUGUGUUCCCGGUGCUCUGCGCUCAAGACUCACUGUACCUACGAGGCUCAAGAAGGCGAGAGCCGCUGGUCCGCGCUCCGGCGGCGAAAGAAAGAUGUCGAGAGCGACAAGGACGAUCUGACGGAACUCUUGACUUACCUACGGGACGCGGAGGAACCAGAGGCCACGGACGUCUUUCACCAGAUUCGCAGCAGCGGCUUCGACAAUAUCCUGCGAGUCAUCCGACACGCGCGACAGGACGGCCAUUCUAUCGCGACGUCGCCGUUGAGUCAAGCUGCUUCGCCGGGCAUGAGCCACCAGCAACGCUUGCCUUCGAUCCGCUCCAUGCUCGACACCACUGGUUCAACGGAGGGCAACACGGGACCCGCACCGCCAACAGCUCCACGUCGAGUCCCGUCCAUGUCGUCCGAUGGCAGCGCCGGCAGCGCCGGCAGUGCCGACUCGAACGUAUCGGGUGCCUCCGCCUCGUCUGGGUUGGGUCUCGGUCCUGGCUUACCGUCUGGCUGA